AGCAACCGCUGUUACCAGUGUGCCAGUUCACAACAACCUUACAGCUUACAGCCCAGGAAUGCCACAGUAAAUUUGUACCUCAACUGUGGAUGAUUUUUUUUUUUUUUUUUAAAGAGGCUUUAAAUCGUUAAAUACACAGAACUACAUUCACAGGAGUGUGAUAAAAACCUGAGUGGGUUGCGUAAGCUGUGUACAAGCUCGUUUCUGCGCGUUUCUUUCGGUUAAACAAAAGAAAAAUCUCUCGGAUAGACAGGGGACACUCAGUCGUCAGGAAUGCUGAGGAAGUCAAAGAAGAAGGUUGCUUUCCUGGAAAAGCCACACGUUUCAGGAAAGAGGAGGAGCUAUUUGGGAGGUCUACGUCUCCCGCCCCUGCCCCCCAUGCUAGCGCCGCCCCCAAAUCAGACACCUCACCCUGCCCGGGCACCGGAACGGACCGCUCGCCCCAACCUGCCCCCGAAGCUGACCCUCAGCUCCUCCUGGCCCCCAGCGCCCCCUCCUGGAGGCAGACAGCUGCUGGAGGUGAAUCCGCCGGUCAUCGACUCGUCGUGCCUGGCGCCGGGUGCGGAUCCAUGGGAACGGCGUUUCCCGUGGCAACCCCGGAACGGAGCUGAGGGAAAGAGCGCUGCUGCAUCUACAACAACGAUCGCCAUGGCAACGAACGCAGCAAACACAAGUGGACCGACCCGGCCUGGCCCGCGCCUCUCGCACGCGAACGCCGACCCCUCUGCCGUCUCUCCAGGGCCGGGACCGGCCCAGGUGAGGGACCUCAUCCUGCUCCACCGGGAGGACUCCAAAAAGGCCAAGCAGGAAGCUGAGGAACUGCGCAGGAAGGUCCUGUACCUGACAGGGCAGUACGAGGACAGGGUGAGGGACAUGGAGGAGCUUCUGGAGGCUGUCCAAUCGGAGCGUGAGGAGGCGGAGAGGGAGAGGCAGGAAGUGGAGCAGCAGAACUCAGAGCUGCGCAGCUUCAACGCAGAGCUGCGUAGCCUCAUCGUCCGCCUGCAGACAUGCACAGCUCUGCCCCCCCCAAGGAGGGCCCAGUCCAGGGCCCCGCCCCCUGCCGUCGCCCCCCCACACCCCCGCUCACUCUGGCUCCGGGACAGACUCGCUACCCAAGGACUGGUCCUGGAUCAGUUACCUUAGUACCAUCGUGGCUGGGACUGGGGCUUGCCAUGUUUGGGUGAACUGA